AUGGAGGAAGCGUCGCCGCCCGAGCGGGGGAAACCGAAGGCGCUGCCGGAGUCAGCGCGCGCGCAUGUCCCCAGUGUUCGAGUGGCGCUCACGCCCACUCUCGCCCAGAAGAAGCGCCGGGUCAAGGCGAAGAUGCAGCUAAGCUUACUGGACGACCACAUGGCGCCCGCGCUCCGGGAGCAGGUCCGCACGGCCAGGCAGAGGUUCGUGCCCGACAGCGAAGACGAAGAGACGUCCACUUCUGCAGCGAUCGGUCCAGCAGCCUCCUCGUCCGUGCCGUCCACUCCCGCCGCAGCGCUGAGGUUCAUGGCACCGCCGCCGAGGCUCGUGACGAGCGUCUCGGAGGGCCGCGCCAACGCUCUGCCCAGCAGGAGGAGGCACCUGUCUCCGCAGCAGUCUUUUCAACCCAACCGACUAGUGACUCCAGCUUCUCAAGCUCCAGUGGUGCCUGCGGGGGGGCCUUAUCUUACCAGAGAGAAGCUGCUCCGCCGCCAGUUCGGGGCUGUGCCGGAGCACAACAAGAGCUCCGAGUCGCUUUCGUCCGCGACGUCGCUUGCCCCCAGCGAGACGGCGGCUGGAGCUGCGAUCGCGCUGGAACAAGGACUGAUGUCGUCCACGACGUUCUCCAGCUCGGCCGUUCUGACGGACGAUAAGCUCGUGUCUGUUGCGCGCCGAGCCAAGAAGCAGCUGGAGUCGGUGUCCAAGCGCCAGGUGAUGGUGGGGCGCUGGAAACACAUGGCGCGAUCCAAGCCCGACUGCCAGAUGUUCGAGUCGGUGAGUAAAGCCAAAGACCAGUACAGCGUCGUCGCCAAGAUGAACCUGCCGUGCAGCUUGAGGGAGAUCAUGAGUGUCUUUUCGACGGACAACGCCGCUGAGUUCCACCGCAGCAUGGAGGCGGUCUUUGGCGACCAGUAUGUCUACGGAGUCAAUGUUCGCACUGUGGAUUGCAAUUUGUACGUUGGGGCGGGCAACGCAGCCUUGCAUCCGCAUGCACAAGCCCGACGAGCCUCUGAGCCUGCAACCUGGCGAAUAAGUGAAGGGUCUUCCAGUUGCCGGAUACCCCCUCUUCGCUCCGCCAAGCUGAAGCUCAACGCCGUGUCGCUUAUGCAGAAGCAGCGGCUGGUCUGGAAACAGCGCAGCAUGACGUUCCUGGACUACCUGGAGGAGAAGAUUGAGGCCAAAUCGCUCACACGCGUGAUGCAGACGAUGGAUAUGCAGGACGAAGACCUGGAGUUUAGCACUGUGACGAUGUCGUCACCCACGGCUGCCUCGAGUAGCCAGGAAGGCUGCUAUCACCAGCAUAAUCAGCACGGAAUCGACGCUCGACAGGAACUGAAAGGGAUACUGGCAGGGUACGUCGUCCAGGAAGACUCAGAGGAAAAGUUCACGCGCUUCUUCUUCUACGCGACGCACCACCACCACCCACGGCACGACCAAAGUAAGAUGCCUCGGUCUGCUGUCCAGCUCCUGCGCGCGAUGGUGAACAAGGUGUCGCUACUCGAGACCGUUGUUCUACGCCGCCGUUUGGGCUACUACCCGCUAUCUCGGUUACCAACGUCCUCUGACGAGGCCAACAUGGCUUCGUACUGCGCAACAUGCUACACCCCCUUCAGUAUGCUGCGCAAGAAACAUUUUUGCAGGCUCUGUGGACACUACACUUGCCGGAAGUGCUCGGAUCUUCAGGAUGUCGAGAAGACUGUGGGGCUUGUGGAGAGACACCGCGUCUGUGUGUCGUGCGUGCGCUGUGUGAGCUACUGCGUGUUCAGCAUGUGCACCUUUCCCCCUAAGGUCGCGUCCAACGUCAAUGGAGGCAGCUGGACUUCUGCGCGGUCUCAGCAACCCACCGAAAUCGCCGAGGAUGGAGAAGGCUUUGACUACGACCCGCCUAUUAUGGAUGAUCUAGCGACGACAGACAUUGAAGACAUGAAGGUCGCUCAUCCAAACCAAGCCGGAGGAGCUCUGGUCGGCUUCGUGUCGGAACUGCUGCAUGGGAAGGAGAAAAAGCAAGACCUCGCAACCCAACGGAAGCAGCGACUGCAACUUACAAUCGAUGAUCUAUCCGCUUGGGCUCCGGGGCCUCUACUCGACGGCCAGAGUACACCGAAAGAGUCGAUCUCUCUUCUCGACAGCUUCUGCACGUCGCACUCGUCAGCCAGCUCACGCUCGCGAGAUUUACCAUCGUGGAUGACGCCUUCGCCAACGGGAGCGUAA